AUGGCAGCCGAACAGGCGCUCACCUUGCGGAAGCCCGAUCGGAAAGAUGACAGAGUCGAUGACGCAACAACAAACCCGAAUGUUGAAAGACAAAUAGCGAUGCCAGUUCUCCAAGAGGAAGAAAUUGCAACAACGUCAAAGUGGGAAAUUUGGUCUUGGUAUGCUUACUAUGUCGGAGCAAACGGCAUCGGCCCUUUCAACUUUGCACCGACCGCUUUUCAGAACCUCUUGUCCCAAGCAGCAACCGCCUCGGGACCGAAUACAGGCUCUCUCACCUUUGCAGGGCGAGAGCGCGACAUAAACAGCACCGUGCUGCUCUGCAAUGGCCUGUCGUUUGGCAUACAAACAGCCCUGUUCCUCGUUAUCGGCGCUUACGCUGACUUUGGAACUGGGCGGCGUUGGCUUCUACUAGGGACCUCGAUUCUAGCCUACGCCGUGGGAUUUGCGUGGAUCGGCGUCCACGACGCUGGCCAGUGGAAGAUUGCAGCGGCCCUCUACAUGGCCGGUUCCAUCACGUACCAGCUCACGACGGCGUACUGGAUCGCCGCCUUCCCGUCCCUCGCCCGAAAUACGCAAUACCUGAAGGAUUCCCGAAGCGAGUACAGCAGCGGUGCAAUCAGCUACGAAGAGCUCAGCCGCCGCGACGAGCUCGAACGCAGCAGGCUCAGCAAUGUCGCGUUUUGGGCGCAGUCCGUCGUCGAGCUAUUUCUGCUGGCAAUCAUCAUAGGCAUCAUGUUUGGUAUCAAGAAUGGCGCGGCAAAUGAUAAUAACUGGGCCUUGUCGGUGUUGAUCACAUUUGCUACCGCGUACUGGGUUGUGCUGUCGAUUCCGUGGUUCUUUGUCGAAAAAACUCGCCCGGGCUUGGAGAUACCGCCGGCUGUUGGUAUAAGCGCAUUUUGGUUUGUCCAAAAACGGUAUAAUUUGCGACCAAAGACCAUGUUUUGCGUAAUUAUGGUGGCCGUCAUUUUACUAGAUGCCUGGGGCAUGGUGGGCAACUGGACCACAAACUUUGGCGGGUUCCAGACCGUACCCGAAAUUUGGGCAUAUCAGGUAUUUUACGGCCUGUUCGUCUGUCCUUGGUACAGCUAUGCACAGAUUAUGAUCAGUUCUGUCACCCCAAGAGGGUACGAAUAUCUUUUCUUUUCGGUGUUUAGUGUCAUUGGGAAGGCAUCCAGUCUGACUGGGCCUUUGAUCAGCAGCGCCAUCAUCGAUGCAACACCAGGCGCAGGAGCAAAGAGCAACAGAACGCCAUUUUAUUUCUUAUUCGCUCUCAGUCUUGUUAGUGCGCUGGGCCUGUUUUUGUUUCUGGACCUGGAUCAGAGUGCGAAAGAGCAAAGCGAUUUUCUCGAGGAGAAGGCCGCUCGUGCUUAUGGCGUCUGUGGUGAAGGGGGCAAACAAGACUAUGCGAAGAGGGAUUAG